UAUACCUUGGAAAACGAAGGCAAUAUAUAGUGAAUUCACACUGGAAUCUUUCAGUUUUUAUAUGACUUAUCAAAUAGGGACAAUAGGAGCUACAAACUGGAACCCUAAUGCACAACCUAAAUGCACAGAAUAAGAUUAUCCACGAUAUACGCGUAAUGUGCUAUGAUCAUAUUGGCGUGUUUUAACUGGCUUGUUCUCUUUUCUCCACAUAGUAGUUUGUACUGAGUAAAUAUUCAUAUAUUAGUAGCUAUAAUAAAGGCCAAAAUAAAAAGUGUAAGUGAUAUCUGUGUCUGUAACAAACUAAAAUCACCGCCAUGUUCAAUAGACGCCACGGUAAAUGUCGCGAUGGUCGCUGCAUGUGUGUUUCUAGCGUUCAAGCGACUGACGCGUGCGCAUCAAUUCGCUUUGGACGCGCGACUGAAACGACUGCCCAGUGUGUUUCAGCCUUAAAAGUCGUGUCUUUCAAUUGCUUCAAAUGCUUUGCAUUUAAAAUAAAGCGAAACGUAUUUUGAUUACAUAAUUCACAUUACAUCACAUCUAAGGCAACAUCAUUUGAUGAAACUUUUCAAGCUGGCAAGAAGCAAUAUGUCUAUGAUCAUGUCUAUUGCAAUUUUUUUCUUAAUAAUCGCUACAUUUCUCAACGAAGAGGUUCAAUCUCACUCUCACAGUAAAGUGGAGGGACGAUGUUUGCCUGGAGCAAAACACAAGUCGGAACCUUCACCUGAAGAUGACUCAUACAAAGCAUGUCACUUGUUCAAAAACAGCUCUUGUUGUACGUCGGAGUUUACAAAUCAAUUAGCUGUAGAGAAUGUUCAAAGAAUUGGAAACUUUUCAUGGACAUUAUGUGGAAAUCUUAGCAAAAGAUGCCAAGAUUACAUGAUUGGUGUCGAGUGCUUCUACAGCUGCUCGCCUUACGUUGGACUGUGGGCUGAUCCACUAUAUGAUUCGGCGUUUAACAAUGCACCGGUUUGCUCAAGUUACUGUGAUGAAUGGUUUGAUGCUUGUAAAGAUGACAUGACUUGUGCUAAAGAUUGGAUUUUUGGCUUCAACUUCACUAAAGACGGACAUAAUCAAUGCAAACAAAAUUGCACAACGUUCAAAGAUUUCUACAAAAAUGGAACGGAACUUUGCAAUACGAUGUGGCAUGAUUCGUUCAGAUAUGUUGACGAAACAAAGCAUCCUGAUCGCUGUCUGCAUUUUCGAUACAACACUUCUCAUGACCCAAACAUAGACGUUGUGGAACGAAUUUUUAGUACUGCAACUGGCCUACAUCAUCUUUAUGGACUAGGGUUAAAUUUAUUUUUUUCGUUUGUGUAUACUGUCAUGAUUGAACAUUGAUUACAUAAAUUCCAAUUUCUUGCAAUGAUUUUUUUUUCUUAUAGUUCAUUAUAUUUAACACACAAUCACUUUAACACUUCUAUUUCAUUGUGUUUCAAUUCACAACUUGUGAGAUUUUUUAAUUAUGGAGCAAGCGAACACUAACCUUAACCCAAAAAAUAACAUUUACUGAUAAUGAAUGAAACUUUAUAGGGGGCUUAAUAUUGAUAUUGAUUUCCAACUUUCUGGAAUGAUGUACUUUUAUAUAUUGCACAAGUUAUGUAAGAAAAUAUUCUAUUCAUGAACGUUUUUUUAUUUCUUAACUAAAACACAACAAUGUACAUCGUGUCGAGUAAAUUUGUAUAAGUUGAUGCCUAUGUCAAAUGACUGAACUUCUUUCAGCCAUAUGACUCUGUGUAAUAAAUAUCUUUUGAGCUCGAA